CUUUUUUCACCUGUAAAUAUGACAAUAACCUAGUGGCAACAUUGUUUACAUUCAAGUUAAAUGUCAACAAAAACGCAAAAAAACCCGGAAUUCUUGUUGUUGUUGUUUUCUGCUCACAUUUUUUUGUGUUUUGCCUUGGUGUGCGCCGGUGCUUGAUACAUUUCUGCGCUGUUUAACCAAUUUAGUGUAUUCCUAAUGAAUGUUCUGGAAGGGCACAAGUACUGUUAAGAUAAAAUAGUGAAAAAUUUUUAGUUGGUGCGUAUAUUGCCAGUGUAUGUGUGUGUGUUUGAAGAAAAAAAUUGAAAUUUUUCCACUGUUGAAAGGAUAAAAAAUAGUUUUUAUUUAAUAAUUUUUUUUGUUUAUUUCAAUUUGGCUAUAACAUAUUAAAUAAAUAAAACAAUGGCUAAAUAAAUAAUGAACGGUUUUGUUUAUAAAUUACCACCAGCAAAUGUGCCCGAAGAAGUUAAGAGUGAACAAAAAGAUUUGCAAGGAUAUUUGGAAUUGGAAGUGAGUCUUAUAAAUUUCAUAACCAAUACAAUAGAAACAAACAGUGGAAAAUUACCAGAACAUAAAAUAAUAAGUGUAAAGGGUAUAAAAGAAAAAGCUAAAAAGCAAAAUACCAAUGACACACCUUUAAAUGGUAUAAUUAAUAAUAAAAAUAGUGCAAGUGUUAAUGAAAUACAUAAAGAAAUAGGCUCUAUUAAAGACAACAGUAAAGAUAUAAUAGGAAACGUUAAACACUAUCAUACACUAGACAAUAUACAGGUGAAAAUUGUUUGGUGUGGGGAACGUAAGGAAGACGCCGCCAAUCUAAACAUCAGCUGUAAAAACCAACAGCAGCAGCAGCAGCCACCGCAUAACGAAUAUUGUAAAUUGUAUAAUACCAAAAGAAAAUACCAACAACAGCAUAUUAAAAGGCAACAACAGAACGACCACAACCAGCCGAAACAUAAACAAGCCAAAAGACAACAUUUGCCAUUGUCUGCCAAUAAUAAAUUACGGUACCGUAUUUGUACGAGUGGCGCGCUAUUCUUAGAAUACUUGCGUUCUUGCAAACCCAUUGAAAUUAUUGUCACUGCUUGUACUACUAGUGGCAGUUGUACGACAGCAGCUAAACCCCUGGGACAGGCACAAUUGCGUUUGCCUUUGGUGUUGUUGAAAAAAUUCAAACAUAACAUUGUCAAAGGUCAUAAUUUUGCCUAUAAAACAAAAGUGUAUACGUUGUAUAAGUCCGAUCAAGAAACGCUUAAUAAUAAACUUGUAAAAUCGGGUGAAAUACAAUUGAUUUUCAAAAUGUUAUUUGCUCCCACGGCAGCCGCCUCUGCUACUGCAGGUAGCAGCCGCACAACCUGGAGAACAUCAUCUACAUAAUAAUCAUUGUCACCACCAGCACCAUCAUCAUCAUCGUCAUCAUCAUUUGGUAGGGGGCAAAGCCUGCCAGGUGCCCGAAGAUGUUCAAGGUGACAUCCCUAAACGUUUAACUUCACAGACAAAAUCUGAAGAGAUUGUGGAAGCCAUG